GAAAACUCCGAAACGCGGUGGGGACCACGCCGUGUAAUCUAUCUAUCGGUGACAUGGAAAGAAUCAGAAAAAUAGCCGAACUGGGGACAGCUGAAGCGCUGAUAUCUCGGCGACUUCAGCAACGUCCCGCGAAGGCCAAGCAUGUUCUCUGUCAUCCGAUGAAUUCAUCGACUUCACAUCUUGUCGGCAUUCUGGCUCUAGAUCUCUACCUACAUAUACGAAGGGACGAUCACCCAUAAUCGAGUACUUCUUUUCCUUUCUCAACUCUCAAGUUGCAUGGAAUGCGCUCAGAAAUAUCGUUAACCUUUUGGCUACUUGUUACUCUCCUCCCCUGGUCUCCAUUCAUUGCUGUGACUGCACAGAUUCCUCCAACCCCCAGUUUAGGGGAGGUAGACGCGUCCCUUGCUUGUCGAUUUCUUCAGCAGAAUCUAAGCCACCGAAUCGUCACUCUCCCUGGCCAUCCUCAAUACACCAACGCCACCCACUCGGCUUGGAAUGUGUUCAACACCGAAUUCAUGCCUGCAUGUAUCGUAUUUCCACGAGACGCAUCUCAUGUCCAAGCGGCCAUGAAAACGAUUUACGAACAUCGAGUUCGGUAUGCCGUUCAGGCUGGAGGACAUAGCGCUAUGAAAGGGUGGAACAGUGUCCAGAAUGGGAUAUUGAUAAUGUUUACAUUCAUGAAUAAUAUGUCUUAUGAUCCCAAACGGGACACGAUAACUGUGCUCCCGGGAGUUCGCUGGGGAGACGCCGCUGACGGUCUGGAACGUUUUGGCGUUGCCCCCGUAGGGGGACGUGUGAGUGGCGUCGGUACUGGUCUCCUUCUCGGGGAUGGACGACUCGUCACGGCUACGGUGAAUAAUGAGUACAGGGACUUAUUCAAAGCUUUGAAAGGAGGUGCGAAUAGAUUUGGGGUUGUUACUCGGUAUGAAGUCACCGCUAUUCAUACUGGACGAAGGCAAGAUAAAUGGUGGUUUGGUGGGAUGAUUUCGUAUUCGGAUUCAGCUACGGAAGGUUUCUUGAGGGCCACAGCUAAUUUCGUACGAGAGAAUAGAGAUUCAAAUGCCGCGAUGCUUACUUCUGUUGCCAAUAUAGUCUCCCCGGAAACACAAAAUGUUACAAGUCUACCUUUCACCUUCCUGUUUUACGACGGUGGCAAGGACACUGUGUAUUCCGCAGAAAAGACAGAAAGGCUCUUUAACGCGUCAUUCUCUCAGUUCCUAUCACUUCCGAGAUUAUCCUCGUCCCUAACACCACUAUCAUAUAUUGACGUUGCUCAUAUGUUAGAUGAAGGCCCGGCACAACUAGGGCAAGGACAGCUGUUCGGUGCCUCGGCAUUUGCCAGUGAUGACCCGAUACAGCGAUAUUUAGAAGCUGUGCAAUUCCAACGCAGAAUCACCGAACAGUUCAAGGAUAUACUCAACACAACUCUUGUGGCUUUCACUCCUGUUCUGGAUGAACAAAUUUACGCCGGUCGGAAGCGAGGAGGGAAUGCGUUUGAUCCACCGCUGGGGGGGUACAAUGCCGUCCAAUACCAGGUUUCCGUUAACCCUGGAGCAACUAGUCGGGAGUUAGCACUACUCAACAAUGCACGACGGCAAUGGUUUCGAAAUUUCCCACCAACACCUGGGUUACCCUUGUAUAUAAACGAGUGUGACAAGGAGCAAGAAGUGUUCAAGACGUAUGGCCAAUAUGAAUUUCUGAAGAGAAUCUAUGCCAAGUACGAUCCCACAAGUUUCAAUGUGAAGUUUAGCGAUGGCCCUUCGGGCCUUUGAUCGAAUUACUACAUAGAAAGAGAGUCGAUGCACAAGAUUCUGACAGUGCUGUAUCUAUUUCAUGGGAAUCAUGGGGUGUGUACAAUGUCAAAAAACGCUGUCAAGUUCUACAUCAUCCCCAC